UAUACAUAAAACCAUUUAAAAUGAAGAAAAUAACAACAAAGACCCGUGAGUAAGGCAACCUGCGCAUGUCCAGCGUUGAAGAGCAAAUUAUGAGGGGCAGCGUAACUAUUAUAUUUUAGCUGAGCUGUCAGCUUAAUUUUCCCAAUAACUACCCGUUUGCGUUAUUAUAAAUUGGUACAUCAUGGUUAAAAGUGUGUUGCUCAUCUGUUUCUUUAAACUACUUUUGUAUGAAGCAUCUGUGCAGGAAGUAGUUCAGGGUUUUAUUGGAGAUUCUGCAGUUUUGCCGUGCCAUCCUGGGGACAGGCAACCUACAGACAUCACUGUACACUGGAGAUAUGAGGACAGGAAGAAUCUUUACGACAUACUAGGUGGCAAAGGGACGACUAAGGAGCAGGACCCAGAGUAUGAGAGCAGAACGGAAACAUUUCCUGAAGAGUAUUCGAAAGGAAACUUCACACUUAGGCUUACGAAUCUUAAGAAAAGUGAUGAAGGGUCGUACUGCUGCUUCAUCACUGAGUUUGGUCUCAAUGAAUGCGUAAAUCUUCAAGUCAAAGUUUUAGUUUUAGAGAAACCAAGAGGAAUCCAAAAGCCAGACUCAAACAGUGGAGGUGAAACCACAGCAGGGAGGAUCACAUCUCUGUUAAUCCCUCUCUUCUCUGUAACUCUUCAGCUCUGUGUGUGAGUGUUGACUGCAUAUAGUUCAGCAGCGUGUGCUUUAAUUGCAGUGAGCUUUGACUUUGCAAUAUUAUUAUUUUCUACUCCUUACUUACACAGUAGAAACCACAGAAUUACACUGCAUUGUGUCUUGCAUCUAAAUAUAAUUUAUGACAAACAUUUGGACACACUCACACACACACAUUACAUAUCAGGCCUGUUAUAUUCAGGGUAGAUGCCAUAAGUACAGUCUGUUCACUGGACUCUACUGUAGAGGAUUUGAAUUGGAUUCAGACUUUAGAUUCAGUUAUUCAGCUUGCGAAACAUUGCAAAUGCGUCUUUCCAGAUAAUUUCCAAUGGACAAAAACUGUAAAUGUAAAAUGGCAUUAAUUAAGACACAACCUCUUUUGAAUUUGCAUUAAACACAUCAAGUAAAAAGUUGCGUAUACCCUGACAUGUUCUAAAACUUAAGUUUUUUUCAGUAAUCUUGAAAGUUUGAUGUUUACUAAUCUGUUUACUAGUUAUAAAUACCUCUCCUGCAUCAAGAAAAUCAGUUGCACUAAAAUGUAUGCAUUAGCUUUAUUUAUGUAUUUAUUUAUUUAUUUAUUUAAAAUAAUUGUAUUUAAUUUAAUGUCAUAUUUGAGUUACAAAAUUUUAUUUAUUUAAUAUAUUUUGUUUUGUGUGUUGAAUUGAUUUAACUGUUGUAUUAACUCAGUGCUGUGCUGCCUGGAAUAGUGCAAAUAAAUUUGUUCUGGGAAACAUUUGCUUGAUGUUUUGAUUAAAUGAGAUGCGUAAAGGUACAUUUUGCACUAAGCAUGUCAAAAAAACAACAACAAAAAAAAUCAGUGGAAUUAUGAGUGAUAUUUUGGCUAAAUACCAACUACUUAUUCAGGAAGAGGUUGUCUUACCGACAUCUAAACCUAAAAUAUGUAUCUUAUGGGCUGCUGAGGAUAAUUGAAUAGUGCCGCAGUAAUACUCUCAUGUCUAGAUGGAAGCUCUGUAUCUGCAUACAUUUUUAAAUAAAAUCUUUCAUGUCUUGUGUUAA